CAUCAUAUUUCUCUGGCUUCUCAUCCUUAUCUUAACACCAUUCUCUCUAGUGUCUUUCUCCAAAAACCAAAAACCAAGUGCUAACACAAAGAAAGGGGAAAGAGCCACAAAGACCAUUUUUGUUUUCUGUAAAACUUGCUCGUAUAUAGCCAUGGCUUUUGCAGGAACCACACAGAAAUGCAUGGCAUGUGACAAGACUGUCUAUCUGGUUGACAAAUUAACUGCAGAUAACAGAAUCUAUCACAAAGCUUGUUUCAGAUGCCAUCACUGCAAGGGCACUCUCAAGCUUGGCAACUACAAUUCCUUUGAGGGAGUUCUAUACUGUAGACCACACUUUGAUCAGCUCUUCAAACAAACUGGCAGUUUGGAUAAAAGCUUUGAAGGUACACCAAAAAUUGUGAAGCCACAGAAACCCAUUGACAGUGAGAAACCACAGGUAGCCAAAGUGACAAGCAUGUUUGGUGGAACAAGAGAGAAAUGUUUUGGCUGCAAGAAAACUGUCUACCCAACAGAAAAGGUAUCAGUUAAUGGCACGCCAUACCAUAAGAGCUGCUUCAAAUGCAGCCACGGAGGCUGUGUAAUAAGCCCUUCCAACUAUAUCGCACAUGAGGGGCGCCUAUAUUGUAAACAUCACCAUAUUCAACUUAUCAAGGAGAAGGGCAACUUAAGCAAGCUUGAGGGUGACCAUGAAAUGAAUUCCACGACAACAACAGAAGUUACUGCAGAGUCAUAAACAGCCGACCAAGUUGAUUGCUCCUUAUCUUUCCGCGAUCAUGUCUUACCUAUCUGCUUUAUUGAAGAAUCGAAGGCCUUCAGCAGCUUCCAUGAAUGCACUUCCUUCCCCAGCCUAUGUUUUCUCUCAUCUACUUCAAUUAAUUUGAUGUUGAACUAUAUAUUGUCUACUUUUGUGUGUAGAUUUUUGACCUUUGUUUCUUGUGCUUCACUUGUAUUAUGUGAAUGUUGAAUGAGAUUGAAUAUAACAUGGUUUUGCUGUCCCAGUGCAUGCAAAUCUUUGCAAUGCACUCUUUCAACCUCAAA